CUCAGACAACACACACACUGGGGGAAUCCUUGAUCAGAAAGCCCCCGCCCUGGUGGGGACGGGAGACAGAAUGGCCUCUUCGGGUUUCCCAGGGCUGGGCAGCUCUUCAGUCUCCCAGGCCACCCACCUGGCCCUUGCGCUCUGCUGGAUGCCAGAGCCCAGCUUUCCCAGCAGCUGGAAAACCUUGGAGGGGCCCUGUGCUCCAGCCGUGCGCUGGGAAGUUGCCUCAUCCUUCCCUGCUGGCACUCCACCAAGUACCUCCUGCUUCUGCCUGCUCGGGUCUCCGCAGCCCUGCCCACCACUCUCCACUGCCGGUCCCUGAGGAGUGCAGGCAGGUGUCCAGAGGCAUGGAGACGGUGGACCGCGGGGAGGAGGCCCCCAGGGCUCCCCAGCCUGCCUACAUCCAGGUGCACUUCCACCACGAGUCAGGUCUGGCCAAGCUCCUGCUAGGUGGGUGCUCCCUGCUGCAGCCCCUCCUCCUGCCCAGGCCCCGUGCCACCUCCAGGGCCCUGGGCCGCCACCGGCUGCUGCUGACCUCCUGGGUGGUGCAGAUCGUGCUGGGGGUGCUGAGUGGGAUCCUGGGGGGAUUCCUCUAUAUCCUCUCCUCCACCACCCUGCGGAAUUCAGGAGCUCCCAUCUGGACGGGGGCUGUGGCUGUGCUGGCUGGAGCUGUCGCCUUCAUUUAUGAGAAACGAGGUGGCAUCUACUGGGCCCUGCUGAGGACCCUGCUCGCCCUGGCAGCCUUCUCCACGGCCACUGCCGCCAUCAUCAUCGGGGCUGGAAGAUUCUAUGAGUACCACUUUAUUUUCUAUAAGGGCAUCUGUAAUGUCUCCUCCUCCUGGAGGCCCACCGGGGCCCCCAGCCCCUCGGGUCCAGAACUCGGGAGGCUGCAGCAGUGCACCGCCUACAUGAACAUGCUGAAGGCCCUGUUCAUAAGCAUCAAUGCCAUGCUGAUAGGGGUCUGGGUUCUACUGCUUCUGGUGUCUCUGCUGCCCCUGUGUCUGUGCUGCUGGAGAAGAUACAGACGUAAGGAGAAAAGAGACCUUCCCUUGGAAGAAACUGCCAGGAGUGAGUGAGAUCCAGCCCUGCCUCUCCAGAGGACUCGUGCCUGGAGCUUCCGCCUGGACUGGGUAUCCAAGCAUCCUGGGAGAAGAGCCAGGCCAGGAAGAGAGGCCCUGUCUGCCCCGGUGAUCCUCCCGCUCAGCCGCCACCUGCUCCACUGUCUCAGCUGUUCUUGCCAUUUCCGGCUCGCCUUCACCACCUGCCUGCCUCAUGCCCCUCUUAAGCACUGAUGAUAAUAAACUCCUGUGCUGUUGCUCCCA